UUUUUUAUUCUCAAUAUAAACAAUUGACACAUGCAUAUUAUUAAAGAGAAUGCAUCAUGAUUUCUAUGUUAUAAACAACAACAAUCUGUUUUUAGUCUUUAUAAUAUUCACCACUCUACAGAUAUAAAACUUUGAUUUAAACAAAAUAUUGAUGAUAAAAACUAGAGGUGCAACGAUACCUUUCGAUGCAUCGAAAACCGGUUUUAUGAGCGCCGAUUCGAUUUCCGAUACCAACUGUAACAUUUUUGAUUCGAUUCCCCACCCAAAAAUAAACAUAAAAAAAGUGAAAGUUUUAGUCUUUCCCUUCACACUUUAUCAUGUUACAUACGAUUGGCCAGUUAAAACUCGGUUGUCCAAUCAGUGGGCGUGUAAUGUUUUAUUUUCAGCAAACAAGUCAAAAUGGCUACCAACAUCAAUGUUGAUAAAAUAAAAUUAAAAAAUCCACCUAAAAAAUUAAAAUCAACUGUUUGGGAACACUUUAAGUUUUGGGAAGGCCAGGACACGGAUAAAGCUACUUGCAAAAUAUGCUUUACGGAAGUCCGGCAGUACGUUUAAUUUAAUGCAACAUAUGAAACGAAAACACGAUGUGGACUUGUUUGGUAAGCUUUUUAAUCCUUGUCCUGGCCUUCCCGAAAAAAGUUUGAUUAGUACUACAGCAUCAGAGAUAGAUGAGAGAGGCAUGGCAGCUGGUAAUGAGAGAGGCAUGGCCACUGGUGAUGAGGAAGGCAUGGCAGCUGGCGAUGAGGGAGGUCUGGCAACAAACAAUGAGCAUAACCUCAAGCUCAUUAACAGACAGGAGGUAUACAUAGAUGCACUGGAAAUAGAAGGCAAAGAGAAGUGCCUUGUGAUACCAGCUAUUUGCAUACAUCUUCUUGAUAUUGUUGUAGAGGCUGUGGAGUCUGACUCAAGUAACAGUGAAGAUGACAAUGAUUCUUGUGAAGAUUAUUCAGAUAUCAAAGAAGGCAAAAAGGAAAACAAGGAUACUGGAAAUGUUGCAAGGACACAGAAGAGACACAGGCAAGAUGAUUCUACUGAGAAUGCACAGUCAAAAAUCAGGAUGGAGGAACCAUGGGAUUCGAUUUCAGAUAAACACACUUGGAGCAAUGAAGAGAAAGAAGCAUUGAAGUCUUUCUUUGAAAAACAUUUAAGAAUAUCAAAAGUACCAGGAAAGCUUGACUGCAUUAACGCACAGAGAAAGCAUAGAUGCCUUUUAAACAUAAGCUGGAAAAAAAUAAAAUUUGCCGUUUAUAAUAUGUUAAAAGCAAGGAAAAAUUUGUUACAGUAAUUGGGAUGAAACAUGCUUUUUUUUAUAUACCCAAACAAAGUUUAGGGGUGGUAUAUAGGAGUCAACUUGUCGGUCAAUCCAUUUCAUGGUUUCCGAAAGAUAACUAAAGUUUGGAAUGAGUUAUUGUAAUCAAACUUAUAUAUUGGCUACCUUAUGUAGAAACCCCGGUUGGCAUUUGGACCCCCUCGGGUCAAGGUCAUUGUUACAAAAAAAGAAAAAUGGUUCCCAGAGAAAAAUUGGAGUUAGGAAUGAGAAAUUGUUAUGAAACUUGGUGUAUAGCAAGAUUAUGUGAAGACCCUGGUUAGUAUUGCAUUUGGACCCCCUGGGGUAAAAGUCAUGGUCACUGUUACUUAAAAUAGAAAAAUGUUUUUUUUUUGACAAUAACUUAGAUAAAGGAGUAAGAUAUUGUAAUCAAACUUGAUGUAUAGAAAGUUUAUAUGAAGAUCCUGGCUGGGAUUACAAUUAAUUAGAUACUUCUUUGUAUACAGUUGAUAAUUCAUUAACUAUAGGUUGAGUUCAAGUUUUUCUUCAGACUAAUUUUUCAAAAAGUCAAAGUUGCUGGUGGGUGUAUCAAUUGAGUAGCAUGAUUUUCAUACUGAUUGACAUUAGGCCUCGACAUAAUGUUUCUCUUAAAUGCUUUAUGGAAAGAAAAAGUGUUUGAUUUUAAUUGUGAAAUUACUUCUUAAUAGUGUAGCUAAAUAAUGCCCAAUUUAACACCAAAUAUGAUACUAGAUAUUUUCAAAGUUAAAUAAAAUAAAAACUUCUUGGUAAAAGUUCUACUUGGGGCCCUGUUCGUAACUGAAGUAAUGCACGAAAGGGCACCUGAGGUCUUCCUUCACCAAUAAUGCUGGAGAGUCUCCAAAUGACCUUUACCAUAAAACCCUAAACAAACAAAACAGCUCCUCAAUGUGGUAAAUGUUAGGGAUAUUUUGAAUAAGGUUUUUACAUAGCGAAAUAAUAAAAUUAGUGUUUAAAGUGAGUGGUGUAGGGUACUACUUUUUUACAUAAAAACAUUUUGAUUAGAAACAAUCAUUUUGCUCAUUUAAUUUGUUACCUGAAUGUUAUUAUUUGUUUCUUAAGAAUGAUCACUAGACAAACACUUUUCAUAUUGAUGAUAUUAUAGAUUAUUUAGAGUUUCCUCAUUUCUGAAAGAGCUCUUUCAAUAGCAAAGUUUAAGUUUAGCUUGUCCAAUUUGCAUAUCAACAUCGAAAAAGUAUGUGCUCAUGACCAAGUUAAUUCUAUCUUAAGCUUGAAACAGCGUAUACCAAGAUGCUAUUAACUUCCAUUAUCCAUGUAUUAUGCAAUGUAUGAUUUCUUUGUUACUUAUUAAACUUAGACUGUAAUGGUAAAUGAUUAUAUUUUAUCGAUUAAUAUCCUUUGUAAUUUACUGAGUUGUUGUUGUAAAAUAUGUUUUUCAAUGUUAGCUGAUCCAUUUUUUAAUGAAAUUCAUUUUAUUGAUUAAAUUUGUUAUUUGAUCUAAAUAUAGCUGCAAUCUCAUUGGUCCAAACAGUAGUCAACAGAACUUUUUAUAGAAUCAUAUUCACUGGGUGUAGGAUGAAUUGGAUUUUUCCAGUCUAAAAAUAGAUUGAGACUCAAUGAACUUAUAUCGUAGACUAUUAUGCAUGCUUAUGAAAAAAAUGAUUGUUGCAUUUUGUUCUUAAUGGGUUAUUUCUUGAAUUAAAGGCCUGGGAACAAGUAUAAAAGGCAGACAAGCAGAAAAAUGGCCACUGUUUAAAUCUGUAUGCUGUCUGCUAGCAUAAUGAGAGAGAUAGAAAAAUGAAAUUUCACAAUUUAGAGAGAAUUACCUCAUAUUAUUUGCUAUAAAUUGGCACAUCACUUCUUUAUCAUGUAAGCAACAUUCCUUUAAAGUUACAGAUCUCUGUGAUACUUAGAAGUACUACUUUAAAAAAAAUCUUUUUUUGAAAACAGUUAAAAAUUCAAAUUUCCCUGUGCAUUUGAUUGACAGUUGUACAGAGGUUAUGACCUUUCUCUCAGCCAACUACAUCUCUCUAGGUAUAAACGUUCUCACAGUAGAGUUUGACAGAUGGCGGGGAAAUAAAUACUAGGGCAAUAAAUACUACCAGAGAAAUACUAACUUGAAUUUUUAUUUAUUGAUUGUGUUUUAUUCCAUCCCUACAAUCAUGAAUUUAUUAACUUGAAAUUACAUUGGUAUUGGUCAGUUCUAACACAAAAUUGAAAUAGUCUAUCUAGUGUAAUAGGUAAAGUAUGUAAUCUAAAGAAAAAGUGAAAUAAAUGCAUUAUUAUUUAAUAUAUAAUUCGACUCUGUUCAUGUACACAGUCUAAAUUACAAUUGAAACACAUCUAAGGUAUAAUACCUUGAAUUUUGACAAUGCCAUAAUUUGAUUAAAAUUAAUAUAUUGCCAUCUUCCUCACCCUAGAUACAGAAGGACUCUCCCAACUAAUUAAUUACCUAAGAUAUAUACCAAACAUUUUUUCUAUAUACAAGGCAUUUCUAAACAAUUAGUAUUUACUGUUUGUAUAUACUGACUAUCACCGAUUUCAUAAAUUAUACUCUUCAUUGUAAAAAUAUGUAUUUGCAAUAUACAUCCUGACAGCACUGCUAUUACCUUUUCAUCAAAUUGCAAAAUCAUUACCCCCCAAUAAAUAAAAAACCUCUUUAUCUCUCCUGAAUGCUGAACUCUCCUAUACUAUUGCAGACCACAUGUUUAUAUUUACAAGCAUGCUGACCUCAGGUCAUGAUAAUAAAACCCCGCCUCUUGUACCUAAUAUGCUUAAUGGCCAUCCGUACGGAUAUCAGAGUUCACAUUCCCCGGCCUUUAAAUAUCAUUACUGUACUAUUAUACUUCAAAGUUGCACUGCAAUGAUAAGUAUAAACUUGAAUUACUUUUGUCUAGUUGUUGCACACUUUACUCCAGUGCUUCGACGAAACGGGCAAAAGUUGUACAUGUAUAAGGUUGUAUUUUUUGUGAUUUGUUUUAAUUUUUGUAACCUAUUCAUAUAAUAAAACAAUUUUUGACUAGUGUGCUAUGAAUAUGAUGUAAUAUUCACCGGCAGAAAGUCAUAUUGACCUCGGCUGAUAUGUCAUAUGCCGGUGAACAACACGUCAUAUACAAUGACACACUAAUUAAUAAUUUUAUAAUAGCUCCUUACAUAGUUUUAAACGCAUUUAAACGCAUCUAGGGGUUGUCUACCAAGUUUGUUCAACUAAAAGCCCUGGUGUCAAAAUUGGCCCCUCCCAGGGGAUGUCAUUGUUUUUCCCUAUAUGUAUAUAGUAAAAACUUAAAAAAUCUUCUUGAAAAAAACCCUUAAGAGCUAGAGCUUAGAUAUUUAUCAUGAACAUCUUCUAAUGAAUGUUUACCAAGUUUGUUCAAAUAAAAGCACCUGGUUUCAAAUUGGCCUUGGCCCAGGGGCCUAUAUACAGGUUAGCGAUUUCAGGGCCAUCAUAGCCCUCUUGUCUUUGAUUUAUGUCCAUAUUCCUUCGUGAUCUAUAUACAUAUAUUUUCAAUGUGGGAAAUUUAAUGAUGUUAGUGUGACUGUUGGUUAUGUGUGCCCCUAAAGGCUGUUGAAUUUUUAGUGUAUCAGUGAAAUGAAAAUAUUAAAAGUGCAGGUGUGAAUUGUUUAAAAUCUUACUUGCAUAUAUCUAGACAAUAAAGGUUCUGAUUCUA